AUGAUCUACAUAGGAGCAGUGAACAAUCUCUACCAACUCACCCCCGAUCUAGAAGUAAAAAUUCGCGAAAAAACGGGUCCACGACCAGAUUCACCGGAAUGUUCACCAAUCGAAUGUCCACCAAAUGUGAAUCUCAGGCCGACAGAUAACACCAAUAAAGUUCUUCUACUCGAUUACCAAUCAUCUCAUCUGAUCGUUUGUGGGACACUAUCACAAGGCACAUGUCAUGUGAGAUCAAUGCAAAAUAUUUCUAAUGUUGAACAGGAGAUACAGGAUGCAGUUGUGGCUAAUAAUGAUGAGGCGUCAACUUAUGCUUUUAUUGCAGCGGGACCACCUGCCCCACCAAUGACAUCAGUGAUGUACGUGGGCGUAACAUAUAUCAACAAUUCACCAUAUCGUGGAGAAAUCCCAGCCGUAGCAAGUCGUAGUCUCCAAAAAGAUCGUAUGUUUCAAAUCGCCAUAUCACAUGUAACCACCGGUACGCGAAUGUUCAUCAACACGGCAUCACGCGAUACAUAUCCAGUUAAAUAUGUCUAUGGAUUCUCAUCCGAGAAAUUUUCCUACUUUCUCACAUACCAAUUAAGACAGCCGGGUGGUAAUGAGUGGAUAAGUAAGCUCGUGAGAUUGUGCCAGGAGGAUAGUAAUUAUUAUUCAUAUACUGAGAUUCCAAUUGAAUGUAUUAGUGAGGACGGUACGAAAUAUAAUAGCAUACAAGCGGCAUUUCUUGGUCGUGCUGGACAGGACUUGGCUGAAAGUUUAAAUAUUGAGACCAAUAAUGAUGUGCUGUAUGCAUUGUUUAGUCAAUCAAAUGGACACACGCCAUCAAAUCGUAGUGCAUUGUGCGUUUAUUCACUUAAAUCAAUUCGUCGGAAAUUUAUGCAAAAUAUUAAGGCAUGCUUUAAUGGUGAAGGAUCACGUGGACUUGACUUUAUAUCACCGUCGAUGAAAUGUGUAGCAACACGUCUGCAGUCAUUGAGUGAGGACUUUUGUGGACUUGAUGUGAAUUCGCCUCUUGGUGGUGAGAUGCCAGUGACAGCAGCUGCAGCAGCAACUUUUAAUACUGAAAUAACAGCGAUAGCAGCUACAACGACAUCAAGUUUUACAGUUGUAUUCAUUGGAACGUCAAAAGGACAUUUGAAGAAGUUGACUGUCGAGAAUGCAAACACGGCCGUUGAAUAUGCAGAUAUUGUCAUUGAUGAGGGAUCAUCCAUCAACCCAGACAUGUUUUUUGAUAAAAAGGAUAUGAAUGUUUAUGUCAUGAGCGAGAAGAAGAUCAGUAAAGUUCGCGUACAUGAAUGUAGCGUUCAUAAGACAUGCGGUGAAUGUUUAUCAGCCCGUGACUCAUAUUGUGGAUGGUGUUCAUCUGAAAAUAAAUGUACCCUCCGCUCCAACUGUCAGGACGAUGGAAAUGAUCCAUUAUAUUGGGUCAAUUAUAAGAAUGGAAAGUGUACAUUCAUCACGUCCGUUACACCACAUCAAUUACAGAGGACAACGGCGAGAAAUCUUGAACUUGUCAUUGAUCAUUUGCCAAAUUUGAAGGAACAUUUAGUCUGUGCUUUUUCGACGAAGGAAAAGACAAUUGUUACUAAUGCGACGAGAAAUGGAAAUAUUGUCAAUUGUACGACACCGAGGACGGAUUUGUUGCCGCAAAUUGAGCCUGGAAAACAUCACUUUACAGCACGUUUGAGUGUGAAGACAGCAAGCGGUCCCGACCUUGUAUUUACAAAUUUCACUUUCUUUGACUGUUCGACACAUCUCUCAUGCACCCGCUGCGUAUCAUCCUUAUUUCCAUGCGAUUGGUGUGUUGACACGCAUCGAUGUACGCAUGAUACAGCUGAGAAUUGCCGUAAUGAUAUUAUGGUGAAUGGUGUGAAUCGGAUGGGACCCUCGUAUCGUUCUGGACCCGCAUUUUGUCCUGCUAUUAAUGUAACAGAUCUUGGAACUGAAAUUCUCGUACCUGCUGGUGUUAAACGGUCAGUAAAGGUCCGCGUGCACGUCAUUGGACAUUCAAUUGUUCAGACGCGUUACGUUUGUCAAUUCAACAUUGAAGGACGUGUGUCGAGUGUUAAUGCACAACUUCUUGGCGACACAAUCUAUUGUGAUUCAAUGGAAUUUAUGUAUACAUCGAAACCUGCUCAUAUCACAGCACCAUUUGCAGUUAUUUGGGAUGGUGCGAAGCCUUUGGAUAAUCCGCAUAAUAUUCAUGUUGUGAUUUAUAGAUGUCGUGACAUGGCCGACAGCUGUGGUAUGUGCUUAGCACUUCCAGCAAAAUAUGGAUGCGGUUGGUGUUCAUCAUCAAAUACUUGUGAGGUUGAAGAGCAAUGCAAAGGAUCUGAAGGAACUGUCGACUGGCUUAAUCGUCUACAAACUUGUCCUAAUCCAGAAAUUCAUAGCUUCACGCCAAAGACUGGACCAUGGGAAGGUGGCACUAAUAUUACAAUUACUGGAAUUAAUUUGGGAAAGAACUUUAGUGACAUUUAUUCGGGUGUGAAAAUUGCUGGAAUUGAUUGUUUGCCAUACCGUGAAUUGUAUUUAGACACAAGACAAAUUGUUUGUAGAGUCGAGGGACCAGGAACAAUGGCAUAUCGAGCUGGUAAAAUUGUUGUUCAAGUUCAAGACUUUCGUGGUGAAUCGCGCGGUGAUUUCGAGUUUGUUGAUCCAGUCAUUCACGAUUUUGAACCCAAAUUCGGUCCAAUGAGUGGCGGUACUCGUAUCCAUAUCCGUGGUAAUCAUCUCAAUGCUGGCAGUCUCAUUCGUGCAUCAAUAAAUGGCCUACGAUGUGAAAUCCUCUCGACCGAUGUCAAGGACGCUUUUUGUCGUACAUCACCGUCAUUACAGCACACAAAAGGCUUCCUCAAAAUGGAAUUUGACUCCGGCGAACGUCAACUGAACAGCGUACAAUUUGAAUAUGUAAAUGAUCCAACAAUAUCUGUCGCCACGAGUGGCAUCAACAAUGAAUUAUUCCCAAAAGGCAUACCGUCAGGUGGUAUAAAGAUAACUGUCAUUGGAAAGAACUUUAAGUCAAUUCAAAUGCCAAGUAUGUACGUGUAUUAUCGUGACCGAAUGUUCAACUCACCGUGUGUCAUUAUCAGCGACAUCGAGAUGCAUUGUGACUCGCCAAUGAUUGAGAUGGAUGUCCCGAACAUUAUGAAUGGCGAUAGUCCACAGACAUUGCAAUUGAGCGAUACACAAAGAUAUAAGAGAAGCUACGGAUCACCAUAUACAUUGAGAUUAAGUGACUUUAGUCCAUUAUCAGAUUCAUAUGCAUUAGCAUUAAGUGCUGAGCCAUUAGCUGGUGAUAUUCUCGGAAAAUGGCUGACUGGUGAUCAUCCAUUGCAUCUUGAGUACGGAUUCCAAAUGGAUGAUGUCAUAGCUACACAGAAUCUCAGUAAAACUAAUCAGCCAUUCCAACUCUAUCCAGAUCCAAUUUAUUAUAAGUUUAAUGAGAAAAAGUAUUACAAUAGUGAAUAUUUAACAAUUAAUGGAAAGAACCUCGACCGUGCAUGUAAAGAAACAGACGUUACAGUCACAAUUGGAAGUCAAAUCUGCAACAUAACAUCAUUAUCAAGACAGCAGCUCACCUGUAAGCCACCAGCUGAUGGAAUCGAUGAUAUGCAAGUCAUUGUCAAAAUUGGACCAACUUUAGAAUUUGAUAUUGGAAUAUUAAGCUACGCACAGCCAACAUUACUGAAUAAUUUAGGAAGACAUACACUAAUUAUGAUAACUGUAGCAAUUAUCAUCGUCAUUGUCUUCAUAAUCGGACUACUCAUUGCCUACAAGAAGAAAACAAGUGAAUCGAAUCGAGUGCUUAAGAAUAUGCAGGAACAAAUGGAUAUACUUGAAUUGCGUGUCGCUGCUGAGUGUAAAGAAGCAUUUGCUGAAUUACAGACGGAAAUGACUGAUUUAACCGGUGAUUUGACAUCCGGCGGUAUUCCGUUCUUAAAUUAUCAGAAAUAUGCUAUGAAUAUACUAUUUCCAAAUGUACAAGAUCAUGAUAGAUUAUUGCAAGAGCGAAUUGAGUUGGCGAGAAAGGAGAAGGGAUUGAGACUGUUUGGACAGCUCAUAAUGAAUAAGACGUUCUUGUUGCUGUUUAUUAGGACAUUAGAAAGCAAUAGAUAUUUCUCAAUGCGUGAGCGCGUCAACGUAGCAUCCUUAAUCAUGAUAACACUCCAAUCAAAACUCGAAUAUUGUACAGACAUCCUCAAGACACUUUUAGCUGAAUUAAUUGAAAAAUGCAUUGAUGGAAAGUCACAUCCGAAACUUUUACUUCGACGAACGGAAUCUGUUGCUGAGAAGAUGUUGAGCGCAUGGUUUACAUUCCUCUUACAUAAAUUUCUCAAAGAGUGUGCUGGUGAGCCACUUUAUAUGCUUUUCCAGGCGCUAAAGUCACAAGUUGAUAAGGGACCAGUCGAUGCUGUUACACAUGAGGCUCGAUAUUCGUUGAGUGAAGAGAAAUUAAUUCGUCAGCUGAUUGAGUAUAAGCAGAUGUCUAUUUAUGCUUCGAUAGCACAACCGCCAAUAUUUUGUAAUCAAUUGGAUAAUAUGACAUGUGAAAAUGUUCCUGUGAAGGUUCUGGAUUGCGAUACUAUCUCACAGGUCAAAGAAAAGAUUCUCGACACAAUUUACCGCGCCUGUCCCUACAGUCAACGUCCAAAACGCGACGAAGUCGACCUCGAAUGGAGAACUGGAAGUUCAGGUCGCGUUAUACUUUAUGAUGAAGACUCAACGUCAAAGAAUGACAAUGAAUGGAAGAAAUUAAAUACUCUAUAUCACUAUCGUGUGCCAGAUGGUGCAUUCCUUACGCUUGUUAGUAAACAGCAAUCAAGUAACUACAAUCUGUCCAUAUUGAGUGAGAAAAAUGAAAAAUCAGCGUACAAAUAUGAAACGCUCAAUUCAUCAAAAUAUAAUUCAACAUCACCGCCAUUUAGUCGCGCUGGAUCGCCACUCAAUUAUGAUUCAACCGAGAAUGGUGUUAAGUAUUGGCAUUUAGUAAAGCAUCAUGACUCGGAGCAGAAGGAGGGAGAGAGGGCUGAUAAGCUUGUUAGUGAAAUUUAUCUUACUAGGUUACUGGCAACUAAGGGUGCCGUACAAAAAUUCGUUGAUGACCUGAUUGAGACAAUCUUUAGUACAGCACAUCGCGGCUCCGCCCUACCACUCGCAAUUAAGUAUAUCUUUGAUUUUCUUGACGAUCAAGCCAUGUUGCAUGGCAUCACCGAUCCACAAGUUGUACAUACAUGGAAAUCUAACUCAUUGCCAUUAAGAUUCUGGGUGAAUUUAAUUAAAAAUCCGAAUUUCGUAUUUGAUGUACACAAGUCAAAUAUCGUUGACUCUUGUUUAUCGGUAGUUGCACAGACAUUCAUGGACUCAUGUUCAACAUCAGACCAUCGAUUAGGAAAAGACUCACCAAGCUCAAAGCUACUAUACGCCAAAGAUAUUCCAUGUUACCGAGAGUGGGUGGAACGAUAUUAUUGUGAUAUCAGAGAUAUGCCAGCAAUUUCAGAUCAAGACAUGAAUGCCAUGCUCAAUGAGGAGUCGAGACUUCACACAGUUGAAUUUAACACAAACAACGCCCUUCACGAGCUAUAUUUGUACGCCGUAAAAUACAACGAGCAACUAUCCGUGACGCUCUUUGAGGAUGAGUUCUCAAAGAAGCAACGUCUACCAUCAAAACUUAGUCAAAUUCAUAGCAUCAUGUCGUGUGAAUAGCAAGCAAGGGAAUAUUACAAUGGUUAUGCUUAGAAAAUAUGAAAUUUUUUUAUAUCUCAUUCAAACAAAAGAAGAAAAAAAAGUGUUUGCCAUUUUUUUAUAUAAGAAACAAACAAAAAAAAAUUAAAGAAAAAAGGAAACAAAAAUUAUCAUUUCGCUGUUAUCGCUAAAUAAGCUAAAUUAUAAAAGUAAAAAUAAUGAAAAAGUGUGUAAGAUGAAAAAUGAAAUUCCAUAAAUUAAAUGUGAAACUAUAAAAAAAAUUAUGAAAAAUAAAAAAAAUGCGAAUGAAUUUUUAAAUUCUAAGAAAUAAAAAGUUAUGAAAUGCUGCUUCAUGAAACAAAAAAUAAAAUAAAAUAAAGAAACAAAUUUUCCAUAUCUAAACAUGUAAACAAUGAAUUUUGGCCAAUUUAUUGAGAAUGAGGAUCAUUUAAGAUGUCAAAUUUGAUAGGAAAUUUUAGCAAAAAGCUGUGGUUGUGAGGGGAAAAUUGAGGAACAAAUGAGGAUGAUUGGAUAAUGCUUAAUAAUCCUGAGAAGCUUUCCCUACUGGAAGUUUUAAGAGCUUUUCCACCUGGAAGUUCAAAAAAUUUAAAUCCUGGAUGUUGAGUAAUUUUUCCCUAAUUUUCCUCCUUUACCUCAAAACUUCGCUACUAUUCAAAGCUAAUUCCACAACCUAAUAUGAUAAAAUCCCGAAAAAGUAAGGGCACAAGUAGGAAUGCUGAGCUGGAUUGUCUGGUUCUUGAUAUCUUGUCUUUUAGAGGAAUCUAUAGCCAUCUCUUUCUAAUAUACUCAAAUAUGUCUUUUUGAAUGAAUAACUUGAAAUUGAAGGAUUUUCAAAUGAGAAAUUGAAGAUUUAAAGAGAAAAAACCAUCGUUGUGGUAAGAUUAGGAAGAGAUGGGUAUGCUUUCAGCUUAUGUGAUGUGUGCUGAAGAACUGAAGUUGAAAAGAGAACUGUCUGAAUGAGUCAUAUUAGGACAAUGGGAGAGCUAAUAUGGUCAUCUAGGGAUUGAUUUAGUCCUCUCGGGACUGAAUUUGAUCCUCUCGAGACUGAAUUUGAUCCUCUUCGGACUGAAUUUGAUCCUCUCGGGA